GCGGGCGGCGGCAGCGGCAGCCCGGUGGGCGCGCGCCAGGCCGACAGCCAUGGCGGCGGCGGCAGAACGGAGCCGCCUCAGCUUCCCUGGCGGUACGGGGGCCCUGGGGCGGCCCGUGCCUAUGAACCUCUUCGCUACUUGGGAGAUCGACGGCUCCAGCCCUAGCUGCGUCCCCAGGUUGUGCAGCUUGACAUUAAAGAAACUGGUAGUCUUAAAGGAAUUGGAUAAGGAGCUUAUUUCUGGGGUCAUUGCUGUCAAAAUGCAGGGAUCCAAGCGCAUCCUGCGCUCUCACGAGAUUGUAUUGCCCCCGAGUGGACAUGUGGAAACGGAGCUUGCACUGACCUUCUCCCUGCAGUACCCUCACUUCUUGAAGAGAGAGGGCAACAAGCUUCAGAUCAUGCUGCAGCGGCGGAAACGGUACAAGAACCGAACCAUUUUAGGCUACAAGACUCUGGCUGUGGGGUCUAUCAACAUGGCUGAGGUCAUGCAGCACCCAACAGAAGGUGGUCAAGUUCUGAGCCUUUUCAGCAACAUCAAAGAGGCUGCAGUGAAGGUAGCAGAAAUCUGGAUCUUCUCCUUGUCAAGUCAGCCAAUUGACCAUGAAGACAGCACUAUGCAGGCCAGCCAGAAAAUCAAGUCUACAGACAACUAUUCCGAGGAAGAGUACGAGAGCUUCUCUUCUGAGCAGGAGGCCAGUGAUGAUGCCGUACAGGGCCAGGAUUUGGAUGAUGAUGAGUACGAGCUGGGGAAGCCCAAGAAGCAGCGGAGAUCGAUAGUAAGAACGACGUCCAUAACCAGGCAACAAAACUUCAAACAAAAGGUGGUGGCAUUGUUGAAGAGGUUUAAAGUGUCUGAUGAGGUUCUGGAUUCAGAGCAGGACCCUGCAGAGCAUGUUCAAGAGGUGGAGGAGGACUUGGACCUUCUAUAUGACACUCUGGACAUAGAGAACCCCAGUGACAGUGGGCCAGAAAUGGAGGAUGACGACAGUGUCUUGAGCACUCCAAAGCCAAAGUUAAAACCAUAUUUUGAAGGACUGUCACACUCCAGCUCUCAGACAGAAAUUGGUAGCAUCCACAGCAUCAGGAGCCAGAGAGAGCCAUCAAGUCCUCAGGUAGAAGUGCCUGAAAAGACAAAGAGUCUUGGAACCAAACAUGCAGGCGACAGUAUUUCUGACACUGUCUCUUACGAGUCUAACCAGCAAGCCGAGGUCCAGGAAGCUGAACUUCCCACGCCAGAUGUGUUUGUCGAAAAGCUCCCACCCAGUGGGAAGAUCACUAAGACUGAGUCCCUCAUUAUCCCAUCCACCAGGUCUGAAGGGAAGCAGACGGGCCGUCGGGGAAGGAGCACGUCUCUGAAGGAGAGGCAGCCAGUGAGGCCACAGAACGAGAGAGCCAACAGCCUGGACAAUGAACGCUCUCCAGACACUCGGCAUCACUUACAGAUCCCAAGGAAAACAGUGUAUGACCAACUAAAUCACAUCCUGGUUUCCGAUGACCAGCUGCCAGAAAACAUUAUUCUUGUCAAUACAUCUGACUGGCAAGGCCAGUACCUAUCAGAUGUCUUGCAAAAGCAUACCUUGCCAGUGGUCUGCACAUGCUCCUCAGCUGAUAUUCAGGCAGCUUUCAGCACUAUUGUCUCCAGGAUACAGAGAUAUUGUAACUGCAACUCGCAGCCUCCAAACCCAAUUAAAAUUGCAGUGGCAGGAGCCCAGAAUUACCUCAGUGCUGUGUUGAGGCUCUUUGUAGAGCAGCUGUCUCACAAAACCCCUGACUGGCUUGGCUACAUGAGAUUUUUGAUCAUCCCUCUAGGCUCUCAUCCAGUGGCCAAGUAUCUGGGGUCUGUAGAUUAUAGAUACAACAACUUCUUCCAAGAUCUAGCCUGGAGAGAUCUGUUCAACAAACUUGAAGCACAGACCACUGUUGCAGAAGCACCCGACGUCGUGUCCCGGAUAACACAGUAUAUAGCAGGGGCCAACUGUGCACACCAGUUGCCCAUUGCUGAGGCGAUGCUGACGUACAAGCAGAAGAGCCCUGAUGAAGAAUCUUCGCAGAAGUUCAUUCCCUUUGUCGGGGUGGUGAAGGUUGGAAUAGUGGAACAAUCUUCUGCAACAUCAGGUGACUCUGAUGAUGCAGCUCCCUCAAGCUCCAGUGUCCUUUCUUCUACCCCACCUUCUGCGUCUCCUGCUGUGAAAGAAGCCUCCCCCACACCACCUUCCUCACCGUCUGUCACAGGCAGCUUCUCAUCCCCAAGCCAGAGCCUCGGUGCUGAGUUGAUGGGCCUGCAGGUGGAUUACUGGAUUGCAAUUCCACCCAUGGACAGAAAGAGAGACCCAGAGAAGAAGGACCCCUCCACUACCAAAAACACACUGAAAUGCACUUUCCGGUCCCUCCAGGUCAGCAGGCUGCCCGCCAGCGGCGAGAUUGCCACCACCCCAACCAUGUCCAUGACGGUUGUGACGAAAGAGAAGAACAAGAAGGUGAUGUUUUUGCCCAAGAAAACAAAAGACAAGGAGGUUGAAUCAAAGAGCCAGUGUAUUGAAGGAAUCAGCAGGUUGAUUUGCACAGCAAAACAUCAGCAGAACAUGCUGCGUGUCCUCAUCGACGGCGUGGAGUGGAACGACGUCAAGUUCUUUCAGCUGGCAGCACAGUGGUCCUCUCACGUCAAGCACUUUCCCAUCUGCAUAUUUGGACACUCCAAGUCUAACUUCUAGCCGAGCUCGGCGGAGGGACCUUCUGUCCGUGCCGGGGCCUGCGCCAGGAGCCAGGAAGUGUGUGCCAACUCCGACCCGCCUCGCUCUGCCCUCUCCUGCAGAAUUCAUUACAGAUGUGCUUGGAUUACUUUUGAAUUACUUUUUUUCUAUUAACUCUUUAAGUUUACUACAAGGGAAGGAAAGGAAAAACCCCUUUAAACAAAGGCAAAAAACCCCCAAAACCCCAACCACAACCCAGUCUUAAAUAUAGAUGUGCUGACAACGUGAAGUCGUGGGGGAGUUGGCAGGAGCAGGCAACCUGCCCGAGAACACCUACCACUGACAAGCAGAUAGCUGAAUAACUGCACUGCUUCUUAACCUGAGACCUCAUUGGGAUGAGUGGGCUGGGGGAGCCGUGGAUCAGCUCAGAUGGAUUUGGUGGAAGAUCUUGGCACGUUACGGUGCGUUUGGCCCCCUUCCUCUGUAUUUCUAGGAGAGAAAAGAAAAGAUGGCCAGUCUUUCUUCCUUCUGCCAAAGGAGAAGAGAUCGGCGAGGCUGGAGAGAGCUCAGCUGUCUGGUUUGAAGAGCGUAGCUAGGGAAGUCUGGAGAGGAGAUCCCCUUCGGAGCGUGGAGUCCACCACAGGGACAGGCAGGGGUUUGUGCUGAAGGAAGGCUGGGCAGGAAGGGGAGUUUGGGCAACUCUAUGUGUAAGGAAGCUCCAGUGUGCCAGGUCUGUGGCAGUGACUGAGCAGAGGCAGUCACAGUGUCCCUGCAGGCGGCUGUGCUGCUGAGGGACACCCUGUCAGCGGGGUCGCUGCUAUUUACAUACUCACACCGAUGAUUUACCUGUCAAUAAACCCUCCUCCAGCCUCUAAAGGGAAAGGAUUUUUUUUAACAGCUGCAGAUUUUUUUUAAUGCUUUCUAAAAAAAAAAUUAAAAUAUAAUUAAAAACAAAAAAAAAAAAGGAAGAAAAAAACCUGAGGUUGCCAAAAAAGCCCCAAACCCAGGAAGAUGAGCCGUUGCCUGUAGAUGCUGCUCUGUAGGUGGAUGUUGUCCUUAGCUUCUGCUUUCUGAGCGUUCCUCCCCACGGACAUUACUCUGUGGACAGUAUCUCUUCCCUGGCAGAUUGUGCUUUUGCCCUGGCACCACGCUGCCUGUGGAUUGAGGCUUUCCUGGGGCUGUCAGUCCCAAUGUGCAGUGGAAGGUGUAGGUGGGAUGUGAGGGGAUGAAGCCAGUUGGGUUCUCUGUCCACUUCAGGCACCAAAGUGUCUUCAGAGGUUGAAGAGGGAAAUCUUUUAGUAUCUUGCACUGGCUUGGCUGUGGCUGCACUGUACACCUCACUGCUUUCUGGGGUGCUUGAGGUGCCAGGACAAGAGGGUGCUCUUGCAAGGAGACAGUGUGACAGGCUGUGGGUCUGAGCAGCCCCAGGUGCUCCCUAGGCUUCCCAAGGUGUGUCUGGGAGGGACUGGGAGCAGGUGGCAGUUGGGGAGCACAGUGUGCUUGCUGUGUGGAGGGACAGACAACCUCUGCAUUUCAGGGUAAGGGACUGAAGAUUCUGGUGGAUUCCUUUUGGGCCCCACCCUUUGUGGGCAGGCCCAGCUCUGGGAGCAUUUCCAGGAGGCAUUCUCUGAGAGCAGUGAUGCUUUUGAACUUUGUUUUUUCAGUCUAAUCCCUUAACCUUGGGUUUGUAAAGGCUUGGGGAGCCCACUUUGCCCUGUUUGAUAGGUCCUGCUCUGCACAGGGACCAGCCAGGUUCUUUAGGGCAGGGCAGUGGAGGUGUACUUGGUUAGACCUUCUCCCACUGACAAAGUGAGAGCGUGGUCCCUCCUGCAUCUAGUGCCUGUUGCAGCUCACAGCACGGGCUGCUUCACCAACUCUGAUUUCAUUAAACUCUUUCCCAGCACAAGUGCAACCUACUUGGCCAGGGGCUGGGUAUUCCCUUCACACCCCGCAGGGGAGGAGAACAUGGUCCCACGCCCGGUGGCAUGCUGCUGGCCAGCACAUAUUGUCUAGUUGCAAUACGAGACAGGUCUGGCGUUGUAACACGGGUCUGCCUGCCAGUUCCUGGCUGUGGCAGAACCCGGCUGUGGUUCCACUGUCACCGUGUCCAUGGGUUGACCAGAGCUGCUGCUCUGGGACUGUAUAGCGUUGCCUAGCAGCGGCAGCGUGGGAGAUGCUAUAUAAGCACAUCGCUGCUUCUUUAUUGAGGCUGUUGCGUCACACACAUACACACACAAAAAAAAAAGCUUUUUAAACAAAGUUAGUCAGUGUGUGAUUUUUCUUCCUCAAGUCUCACACUGGUGUGAUGAGAUUGGGCUGGGAUCCAGCGUCAGGAGCCGCACGCGGCCAGGGCAGCCCAGUGCCCGAGCGUGAUAUUGCUGCAGAGGUGUGGGGUGAACUGACCAACUGCAAUAACUUUGUUUACUGAGGGGGUGAGGGAAGGAACCAUCACUGUGCUCCUCUUUGUAUUUCAACCUACUGUAAAGAAACAAAUGGUAGCUAGAACAGGAUUUUCAGAGUCCUGCCUAUCAAAUGUGUGUUGCUCUGCUCUACUCUGUGUGUGUGUGUGUGUGUGUGUGUGUGUGUGUGUGUGUACAUGUGAGAGAAACGCUUCUGCUCAUUGUAUUUCAUGUCAAUUUGUGUUUUGUUCUAACUUUAUACAAGCAAAUUCACUGGGAAACUUUGUUUGCCUGAGACCUGAAGGCUUGUGUCUCUGCAGGGUUUCUUCCCUGUGGAGAGCUGCUGUUGCUCUGAAAUGCCUCUUCAGUGGAAGGAAACAUUCCAGCUUCUCAGCCUUUUCCGCCCAGAGCCCAGCAGUGGCAGGUUGGCCUGGCGCAGGGUGCCCAGGGUGUGGCUGUGGUGUUGCUCGCCCUUGGAGGGAAGGGCCUGCGUGUGAAUUGGUGCUGCUGCUGUGGGCAGAGUGUUGUGCCUCUGCUGUUCCUCUCGUAUUAUAUGAAGCUGCUUUGUGCUGCUAUUUCUGUCCCUAAGGAGAGGAGAAACAGGUUUCUGUCUUCUAAGGAAAAUGAGUGUCAAAGUAUGCACGUGGCUGACCAUUUUGGGAAGGGGCUCUGCACAUGGUGACAUGAACAAGUAACUGAUCCUGGCUCUCACACCCUGCUGGCUUUCCCAAGAGUUUCCUGGGUGUAGGGGACCCUGCCGUGAGGGAACUCCUUGGCCGAAGGGAUCCCUGCUACAGGGCCAGGGAUUGCUGCUGGGGCAACGAUGUGCCCAUGUCUGUGGAGGUGCGCCAGUCUGGAACAGGGGUUGGAUGCUGGCCUAUUCUGCGAGUGCAGAAGGCUGGCUCAGAGCAGAGACAGCACCGCUCUGCCUUCAGCUCUGGAGAAUUUUGUCAAGGAAAGUGUAAGGGGAGUGAGGAAAUGCAGCGGUGUGCUGUCACCUGCCUGUGUUGGCUGAGCCCACAAAGGUAGGGCCUGGAGCAGGCAGCAUCUGAGCUGAUCUCUGCCUGGGAUGCGCUUUGAAGGUGGUGUCCCCUAGUCUCCCUGUCCCCUUGUGCCCCAGGGCUCACCCCUGCUCCCCGCAGAGCCCCUCUCUCCUGCUCCCCAGGCUGUGGCUUCUCACAGCAGCCGGGUUCUUUCGCAGCUGCUCCUGGGGCAGGGCCCUGGGCCGGCGCAGAGGUGACGCCUUGGAAUGGGCGCUGCUGACACUGACCUAGUUCAGCAGCACUGGCAAGCAGAUGAAAGAUGGAACGUCUCUGUGGCAUCGUGUUGCACCUUGAGUGCUUCCUGCUCCUCCAGGUUGCGUUUUCUGGAGACAAAGGCAGGACUGGGCCCUGCCAGGGUUCAGUUGGGGCUGGCUCUCCUGCGGCGCUGGCGACCGUAGGCAUCUCAGGCGGCUGUUUUAGGUUAGUGCUGUAGUCUCCAUCCAGUUCAAUUGUUACCAAUUACAUCUCAGCGGUAGCUGCAGACUCCUCCUUCAUUGCACAUGAGUUUGAGGAGAGACAGUUUCUUUGGCUAUGUUCUGCCACUUUAAUUAGCACACACUUCUGGCUUUGUGCUGCAGAGAGGGCAGGGGCAGGUGGCUGAGAGGCUUCCAGGGCUGUUUGCUUUCCAUCAUCAAACUCAGUGGAGAACCACACUGCCCCAUGCUUCGCCUCUGCUUGCAGCACAGGCCGUGUCGUUUUCCUUGCCUGCAGGGUGUCCUGGAGGCAGCAUUGGGAAGCCAGGCUGGAGGAAAUCCUGGCAAGAGGCAGCAGAACUGGUGGCCGCCUGCUGCUUGGUGUGCUGAAGGAUGGAGGAGGCUGGGGUCAGGGCAGUUUCUGCCAUGCAGUGGUAAAGGGCUGGGUGCCCUGGAGCUUUGUGGAAGCUCAGUUGGAUGCAGUGCCUCUGCUCCUCCGUUCAGGGGGUCUCGAUCUCGGCAGAUAGCUGUGUGGUGGUAUUUCAGUGUGACAGUCCCUCUGGACUUACCUGCCAGGGAAAAGGCCAGAAACGAGCAGCAUCUCUUGAAGGUUUCCUGGGGCCUCUUCAGUGAGUUGCACAUGGGAAUACUCCUGGCAGGGCUGGCUCCUGCAAGGUCACUUGGCUACUUUGGGACAGAUGUGGGGAGAAGAGGACAUGCCAGCUUAGAAAGCAGCAGGUGCCUGGUUUCAUUGGGGCAGAGCACUGGUGUGAGGCCACAUCCACUCAGCUGCUGCUUUGCACCUUGGCUGGAGGGUUUCCAGAGCAUUGCCUGCCUGGGUGCCUGUGUGCUGUGGCCACAGGGAAGCAGCUUGUGACCAUGAGUACCAGGGCUGCGUGCCACCAGCCUUGUCUGGACCACAGCAUGUGAGGGGACGUUACCGCUUUGUAGAUUCCUGAGUUGUCCAUCUGUUCCAUUGUUGUAUUGUUUGGGUUCUAGAUUGUGGUUUUUUUAAUGAAGACAGAUUAAAUGUAAAUAGCCUUUUUUUGGAACAAACUGCAACGUGCUCGACCUCGUCAACUAUUUUAUGGUACUAAUGCAACACUAAUAAAACUGGACAUGAAAGCA